UCGGACGCACAUCACCACAGGCGGUGACUUCAACAGCUCAGUUAAACUUACACAUAGACGGGCGAUGCGUGAAAGAGUAGCCGGGAGAGUCGAGAGCAUUGCUGGUGUAUAACGGUACAGGUUUUAUUUGGUUUGUUUUGGGUUUUUUUAGCCAAGGAGACUGGUUAACAAAAAUACAUUCAACUUUAAUUACUCUACCUUCAGAAUGACAAGUAAAUCACAGAGACGAAUUUGGCUGACUUCGAAUGAAAAGGAUUACCGCCUGAACAGGAAUAAACGCUGGGCAAUCAACUUACCGAUAUCAAGGAGCUGAAUGGCCUCUGUUGUUGCAGUGAAGAGACCCGCGGCUGACUCUCAGGAUGCAGACUCGAAUGCAAAAAAGCCCAGGAAACUGCUGCCCAGCCUGAAGACCAAACGAGCCCCUGAGCUGGUCCUUGUGAUUGGCACAGGGGUAAGCUCUGCAGUGGCCCCUCAGGUCCCUGCGCUCCGCUCCUGGAAGGGCCUCAUCCAGGCCUUGCUCGAUGCAGCCAAUGACUUUGACCUGCUAGAAGAGGAGGAAAGUCGGCGUUUCCAGAAGCACAUGCAGGAAGAUAAGAAUUUGGUGCAUGUGGCCCAUGACCUCAUUCAGAAACUUUCCCCGCGAACUGGGAAUGUGCGAUCCACAUUCUUCAAGGACUGUCUAUACGAGGUGUUUGAUGACUUGGAGUGCAAGAUGGAGCAUGCAGGCAAACAUCUACUGCGCUCAGUACUACAGUUAAUGGAGAGUGGUGCACUGGUCCUCACUACUAACUUUGACAACCUGUUGGAGAUCUAUGCAGCUCACCAGGGCACCAAGCUGGAGUCUUUGGACCUGACAGAUGAGAAGAAGGUGUUGGAGUGGGCUCAGGAGAAACGGAGGUUAAGUGUUCUGCAUAUCCACGGUGUUUACACCAACCCCAGUGGUAUUGUACUGCACCCUGCUGGAUACCAGAAUGUACUGAGGAACACUGAGGUUAUGCGUGAGAUCCAGAAGCUGUACGAGACCAAAUCAUUUGUGUUUCUCGGCUGCGGGCGCACUGUAGACGACACAACUUUCCAGGCUCUGUUCUUGGAGGCGGUCAAACACAAGUCGGACCUGGAACACUUUAUGCUUGUGCGGCGGGAGGAUGUGGGCGAGUUCAAGAAGCUGCGUGACAACAUGCUUGACAAGGGCAUCAAGGUCAUCUCCUAUGGAGACGAGUACGGCGACCUGCCCGAGUACUUCGAGAGGCUGGCUAAUGAGAUCUGCAACCGUGACGUGUCUACCAACGGCUGGGGGUCCCCCUCACAAAAUGGGGAGGAGCAGCAAAACGGCUUUACCACACAGAAAAGCCUCCUUCAAGACUAUCAUUCUUGACAGACAGAAGUCGGGAUCAGUAUCAGUCAGUUUCCUCCACAGCACGAGAUCAGUCCACUUUGAGUAAUCCUCAAGUCUGAUUUCAUUCAUUGGAUUUAGGAAUCCAGGAACACAAAUGGCCGUGGGAGACCUAACAGCCGUUGUCAGUAUUUUACAGGUGUCUUCUAUUUUCCUCUAUCAGUUCUUGUUUAAAAGGGAAAGGGGGAGUAUAAAGUAACUGUCAACACCAAUACCCAGCCUCACAGUUCCACUUUACUGUACUGAAAUGUUGCUCAACUUUUCAGCAGUUGCAGUAGAAAAGACUUGAAAAGUUUUGCAAAUGAUUGGAUGGUAUGUUCUCACUUUAUCUUGACAAAAAUGAUAAGUCCGCAUCCACCGACAGGUGGACUGUGUUGCAUUGAUUCACUGUAUGGAUCUGGACUUCCAAGAAGCACUAAGACAAACUGCAUGAGCUUGACCCGCCUUCCCCUGCGAGAGAAGUUCUGGGUGCAAGCUAUAACGCACAUCACACACUCUGAAAAACAGUCCUGUGUUUAUAUGUAAGGAUUGUAUCUGUGCUCAACCCUGAAACCAGGAAAACUUGAUUUGCACACUACUGGGUCAGGAAUGAGGAUGGGUUGGAACGAUUAUCAGUCGUAGAUAGGUUACUUGAUCUGCAAACACAUUAUGAUUCUGUCCUCAGAAGAUGUUUUUAAUAACAGAGGCACUCAGCCAGUAGCAAUCACUUUGGCCACUCCUGUGCUGAAAAUGUUCUUUGUAAGCCUUUUUUGUAUUUUUAAUACUUGCAUGUGUUCUCUGACAUGGUAUUUAUGAGUACUAUUUUCAAAAUAAAGCUUUUGGUAUCUCA